AUGGCUAGCCCGCGACCUACGAGGGGCCAGAUAUGUGGCAGUGAAAGCCAUGCCAGUCCUAGCACUCCCGAGGUGAGCCUUCUGGGUUCUCUUGGGAAUUCGCCAUCUGCCCCAGGAAGAGAAAUCAUCCCACCCCUUCUUGACGAAUUCUGGUUGGCCGGUCCCAAUGGGAAGCAUAGAUGUAUCGUCACCGCACCCGCACAGAUGAGCCUGUUUGAUGCCAAAGAGGCUUCGAUUUUCGGUCUUUUUCAGCCCAAGGUUGCGCAGUCGAUUAUCGCUCAGCUCAUACGUAACAUUUUAGUCCAGUUUCCCAGAUCGGUCGAUCGGUUCUCCACACCAGAGCUGUACGAGCGAUUCGGAGAGCCGGAGCCAGAAGCCGUGGUUCGGCUGGAUGGCAAGCCAUUGUCGGAUGGUGUGCCUGCGCAUGUAUACCUUCCCGGCUGGUUUGGCGUCCGCAGCGAUGAGAUUGCUUUUGGAGAGGAGAAGAUCAUUCUGAGCGACUUUGGGGAAUCUUUUAAUCCGCAUGAAACGCCCAGGUUCUCUUCGAAGACACACUCUCUCCUCCAGCCACCUGAAGCCAGAUUCUCUGACGAGCCGCUCUCCUUUGCCUCGGACAUCUGGACCUUGGCCUGUACUAUCUGGGAAAUCGUUGGUCAGCGACCUUUGUUUCACGCUUUUCGCCCAACUGCAGACCGUGUCACCGCAGAGCAGGUCGAAGUCAUUGGCAUAUUACCCCCUGAAUGGUGGGGGAAGUGGGACAGAAGGCUAGAGUGGUUCAACGAAGAAGGAGAACUUGACGUGGAUCCAGAGACGUCCAGGGGCCCCGAUGGUGUGCGUAGGACCUGGGACCAAAGAUUUGGCUACUGCAUACAGGAACCUCGGGCCGAGGCGGGCCUGGAGACUGUGACAGAGGAAAAGAGGAGAGCACUCGAGGAAAUGCUUAGGUCAAUGUUGGUGUUCCGGCCAAAGGAAAGAGCCACGGCACAGCAGGUCUUGCACUCAGAAUGGAUGAAAGAAUGGGGACAACCAGCUCUGGAAGAGAGCUGGAAUGCAUCUACUAGUUCUGUAAUGGAGGGGGAUUGA